AUGUCUGAAAAACAGGAAUACAAAUUCAAAUGGGACGGGAAAGAAAUAAAACAUCGGUGGGAAGGUUUCGUAAAAUUUGGCAAUGCGUCAGCGGUAGAAAUGACGGGGAAGAAUUUCGAUAAGUGGUUGAAAGAUGGGGGAGUGAUUGAUAACAAAAAUAUCACUACAACAAUGACUGGAAUCGCCUUCUCGAAAAUUACUGGAUCUAAAAAAAAAGCAAAUUUCAACGAGACGAAAGAUGUAUUAGUAGCAGUUGCGGAAGAUCGAGCACGAACAACCAAAAAGGAUCCACAAGAGGAACUGGAUUUCAUCAUUGAAAAACUGUCAAAAUUAGAAGCUCCAUCACUUAAAGGUGUCGCUAAAGCAUCUGCUGAUGGUGUGUACAAUCGCUUAACGGACCAUACCAAAUAUACCGGUUCACAUAAGGAACGUUUCGAUGCUGAGGGCAAAGGACGUGGAAAACUUGGCAGGGAGGAUAUCGUCGAGCAAACCGGUUAUGUAGCAGCUUAUAAGAAUAAGGACACCUAUGAUAAACUCCAUAAAAACAUUCAAUGA